AUGUCGGACCAUGACGUUGAUCUAAACGAAUACAACGAAUUACGAAGUAUCUAUAAGUACUACAUCGAUUCAUAUCUUGCAUUGUAUCAGCUAAAAACGGAAAAAGAAGAAGAAUUAAAGACAAUUUAUAAAAUGAUCAAAACAGAAUUGAUUGAUUCAAAGAAAUAUCCCCCAACAAAUGCUAUUAAAGACAUUUUAGAUAUCAUUCCGUAUAAUAAUCGCUAUACAAAGUCAUAUUUAUUCCUUGCCAAACUCAUAUCUGAUGAUUACCAUGUCACAGAGGUCAGAAGUGUUGUACCUAUUUCAAACUUCCUGUUUUAUAAAGAAUACGGAAUUAAAUUAGACAAAUCAGCCGAUUUUAAAGAAGUUAAUUCUGAAAAACUCGAUAUUCAUACAGAAAAUACAAUUUACAGAGCAAUUAUGAAUAAUGACAUAGAAAAAUUCAUCUUAUUCACUGAAACAGAAGGAUUUGAUAAAAAUCAAAAACUUGAAAGCAGUUUAUAUCCAAACUCUGACAAAGGAUAUUCAUUACUUGAAUUAUGUUGUUACCAUGGAGCUGUUGAUUGUUUCAAGUUAUUAAGAACAAAAUUCAACGCAGAAAUAACUAAAAAUUGUCUCGGAUUUUCAUUUUUAGGAAGAAACAAUGAGAUCAUGAGUGAAUGUUUGAAAUACAAAAAACCGAAAAAAGAAUGCAUGAAAUAUGCAAUUAUUUCCCACAACAUUGAUUUUGUUACAUUCUUGAUGAAUGAAUACAAUAUAGACAUCGAUUUAGAAUACUGUGGAAUUUACAAUAAUAUUGAAUCCUUUUUAGUUUAUUUCGAUCAAACUGAUGAUAUAAACAAAUGCUUUGUUUAUUCACCGAUUUUAAAUAUUCAAUCCUUUUUGGAAUACUUCCUUUCACAUGGUGCGAAUAUCAAUGAAAAAGCUGAAUAUGGAAAAACCGCACUUCAUAUUGCAGCAGAACAUAAUAGUAAAGAAGUUGCUGAAGUUCUUCUUUCACAUGGCGCAAAUGUCAAUGAAAAAGAUAGACUUGAACUAACUGCACUUCAUAUUGCAGCAGAACAUAAUAGUAAAGAAACUGCUGUAGUUCUUCUUUCACAUGGUGCGAAUAUCAAUGAAAAAGAUGAUUGUGGAAAAACCGCUCUUCAUAUUGCAGCACAAUAUAAUAAAAAAGAAACCGCCGAAGUUCUUAUUUCACAUGGUGCGAAUAUCAACGAAAAAGAUGAAUAUGGAGAAACCGCACUUCAUAUUACAGCAGAAUAUAAUAGUAAAGAAGUUGCUGAAGUUCUUAUUUCACAUGGCGCAAAUAUCAAUGAAAAAGAUAGACUUGAACUAACUGCACUUCAUUAUGCAACAAAAAAUAAUUGUGAAGAGAUCGCAGAACUUCUUAUUUCACAUGGUGCGAAUAUCAAUGAAAAAGAUGAUUGUGGAAGAACCACUCUUCAUAUUGCAGCACAAUAUAAUAAAAAAGAAACUGCUGAAGUUCUUAUUUCACAUGGUGCAAAUAUCAACGAAAAAGAUGAAUAUGAAGAAACCGCACUUCAUAUUGCAGCACAAUAUAAUAAAAAAGAAACCGCCGAAGUUCUUAUUUCACAUGGCGCAAAUAUCAAUGAAAAAAAAUGA